CACGUGGAAUAUUCUCUAUAAUGUUGUCUAUCUGUGAUGAGCUGGUGACUUGUCCAGGGUGUACACCGCCUUCCACCCGAAUGCAGUUGAGAUAGGCUCCAGCACCCCCAAAAGGGACAAGCGGUAGAAAAUGGAUGGACAUUUGUUUCCAAACAGUAAAGUGCAGUCCACUCUCCUCUGUGCAACAUGUCCUGGACUACCAGACUCUUCCCUCUGUGCAACAUGUCCUGGACUACCAGACUCUUGGCUCUGGUCUUCCUGGCUGCCCUCCUCAGUGUUUCUAGUCUUGCUGACGGUGCAGCCGUGCGGGAUGACUCCAAGUCAGCUGACAUCAAAGAGGGCGCUCGCAGGGUCUUCAUGCCUGAGGCCGACGCAGACAACUUUUUCAAACGCAGAAGUCGCCGCUCCGUGAGCUACUACGAACAGCUGGCGGAGCAGAAGGUCCAGCGGGCCAACACGGAGCGCUGGAAGGAAUACAACGAGGAUCGACGCAACAAGUACGAGAACUACGCCGAAGAGGACCGCGACGAGCAAAGUGAAAGAACGAGGGAGACAAACGAGCAGGUUCGGGAGUAUCACUACGAUGGCCUUCAUCCCCGAUACCACUGGUUCCACUAGUGAGGCUGCCACUGCGCCAUUUUUAAACAAAACUUACAUUUCCAUACGGCUUCAAAUGUUUCAGGACACUUGUAUUGUGCAGCGUAUACUGGUGAAGUCAA